GCUGGUUUGUUAACCAUAACAGAAGAAGUGACUCCGCACACAAUGGAGCAUCAGUGUAAAUAACAGGCUCCCAUUAAUAAACUUAAAACUGGGCAUUAUAUGGACGUUAUCUCUCUGUGUUAGUGCAAUGUGGAGGUCUGUAGUGUCCGGACUCCACCUGUUAGCUAACAGUUUGUAGCACUGAGGGGUUAGCCUGCUAGCUCAGGUAGCAGAACCGUUAGUCCGUUAGCUAAACACCGGCUGAGUCGGACCGGUUCGGUUUCUCCGCCUUAUUUUCUGGCAGCCCUAUCUGAACUAUGGAGUUUCCUUUUGAUAUUAAUCAGUUAUUUACUGAGAGAAUCUCCGUCUUGGACCAGAACCUUGUAGCAGGUUGGAAAUCAGCUGUAAGGUCAGAUCUUCAGGACCACGUAGCCACAGUUGUUGAUGAACUUGGACGAGCUUCUGCAAAGGCUCAGCAGCUCUCAACUCCCAUAACCAGUGCUUCCAAACUGCAGUCCCAGAAACAUCAGCUAUACCUGCUGAAGGAUGGAGAGAGCAGCAGAGGGCGUGGUGUAGCUGUGGGAUUCCUUAAGGUCGGAUACAAGAAGUUAUUUCUGCUGGACCGACAUGGAGUUCACAUUGAGGCGGAGCCACUGUGUGUGUUGGACUUCUACGUUUCAGAAAACCUGCAGCGACAUGGCUACGGGCUGGAGCUGUUUAAGUUUAUGCUUCAGCACAAGAACGUGGAUCCGGUUCUGAUGGCGUAUGACAGACCCUCACCUAAAUUCCUCUCCUUCCUGGCGAAGCAUUACUGCCUGACCCAAAGCGUUCCUCAGGUCAAUAACUUUGUGGUGUUUGAGGGCUUCUUCCUCAACAGAGCAGCGGUCCAGCUGAGAAAGACUCCCCUAAGAAAGCCAGACGGAGAGAUCAAGCCUUACUCUUUGAUGGAGAGAGAAGCGGUUCGUCAGGAGCAGAGGACACCUCCAUGGCCGUUUGCUCCUCCCGCCUCCCCUCAGCGGUCGGUAUCCUACCAGCUCUCCCAUCCUCCCAGCCUGGGAUCCUCCCCCAUCAGACUGCACCCCCAAGCCACCCCCACAUCUUCCCCUGGGCCCAACAAAGACCAGAUCCCAGAGUCUCCGCUGAUCGAGCGCUGCAGGACAAGACGCAGCAGCCUCCGGGGUCUAGCUGCCAGGUCCAGCCUGUACAGUCGACACCUGGGCAUUGGAGAUGUUGGACUGAUGGACAGACACCUGGCAGUACCUUGUUCCUCCACAGGUCUGACAGCAGUGGGGGAUCAGAAUUACAUACUGGGACACACAGCUAAACACAGACUGGCCAGUAUUCACACUACACAAAGCAGGUCCCAGCCUCUCUGGUUUCCAUCAUCUCCACCUUCAUCUGAGAGCGAUGCUACAUCCAUACAGACAUCCGUGGACAGCAGAGACAUACCUGUUGAAGACCUCCACCUGCUGAAGGAGACAACUCAAGGCUGGUCCUGGACUGUUGGAGAGAACUGCUCCUCUUCCCAGUGGGUGAAGCAGAAGCAGUUCUACAGGAGCACCCGCCCAUGGUGAUCAGACCCAGCUCUGUGGCAUGUGUCAGGUGUAAGACGGUCCAGGUGAGUUUCUCAACUGCUGGGAGGCUCAUGUGGUUCUGCUUUGUCUAAGCAAACUUGAGGAACUGACAGAUCUGAUCAGUGUUGGAUCAGAGUGACCAGAGUGGGACCUGAGAUCGGUCAGGACUCGAACCCAGCAGCUGCUGUCUGAUGCUGCUGUCAACCAUGGAUCCAUGAGUUGGUCGGCUGAGUUUACAGGACCAGUUCUGUUGGUUAUGGAUCAGUUGUUCAAUGAUCACAUGUUGCCAAUAAAGAUUAAUUCAAAAACA